GUACUCUCAACAACCUUCAGAGCACUACAUCCCACUAUGCUUUGCGAUGGGUCUGACAAGUGGAUCCAAGAUGGCGUAGAAAGUAAAGCUAGGUGGUUUGUCCCUAAGUCAUGGCGGACAGGAGAGCGGAGAAGUCAUGUGAAGAAGCCAGUAGAUCGUUAGCCCGGCGGGAGUACGAGGCGGCUGUGAGCCACAGCUCAGCUGCUCUGGUGGCCCUCGCGCCCCAAACCUCACCACCCGGAGCCCCAGUGAGCCCCAGUCCUCCAGCCCUCAGCACUCCCCUCCGCAGCCGUGCCCUGCUGUACCGCAUCGCUGCCUCGCUACAGCUAAAAAAAUAUGAAGAAGCUGAUGAAGAUUGCAAACACGUCCUGGCGGAAGAUGUGUCCAGGGGAGAUGGUUCGCUUCAGGCCAGCUUGCGUGCCAUGCUGUUGGAUGGCAGCCUGCAGGAGGUGGCCAGCAUCCUCUCAAAAGCCUUGUAUGGAGAAGCACUGAAUGGAAUAGUUUCUAGAGACCUAACUAGGUUAAAAAUGCUCUUCUCAGAAGUAGAUGCUGUAAAUACACAGAUGGCGCCAGAAUACUCUGAAGACCAAGAUGAAGAGCUCCAAGAUGGCUGGCAGUUCCGCCCUCCACCUAGAGGAGUCACCAGCAGUGAGGAGUACACCCUCUGUAAAAGGUACUUGGAGCAGGGUCUGUGCAGGUAUGGAGCUCAGUGCACAUCGGCCCACUCUCAGGAGGAACUGAUGGAGUGGCAGAAGCGCUACGCCUCACGUCUCAUCCGCCUCAAACAGCAACAGGAGAGCAAGCACUUCACAGAGAACUACAUGGAAACUCUGAUUGAAAAGUGGAUGAACUCACUCUCUCCUGAAAAAGUGCUGACUGACAGCCUAGAAGGAGUGAAUGUACAAACCAGCUCCAACCUCUCUGUUACUGUCACCACCAAAAAAUCCUCCCACUCCUGGACCUUCUCUUUGUUGUGCAAGCCCGCUAGAAAGUUGCACCGGAUCGCCUUGCUCUAUGAUGCACACCGACCACACUUCUCCAUCACUGGAGUUUCAGCAGGGGAACAGCUUCAGUCAGUUGCCCCAGGGUGCCAGGAGUGGACUCCGGGAGAAGAUGCAUCUGACAAUGGCCUUGACCACUGUGUCUACAAGGUAGCAGUUGGUUUUACCACAGAGAUCUUUGGUACCUUUCGACAGACAGUAGUCUUUGACUUCGGGUCAGAACCUGUCCUUAUGCAGAGAAUAAUGGUGGAUGCAGCAUCAAUUGAAGAUCUUGAACAUCUUAUGGCUGCAAGACAGCAGCUUCUAAUGACUGCAAAACGAUGGGAUUCUUCAUGUAAGACCAUUGUUGAGUUCACGCCCAAUGAGACGAUGGCGGAUAUGGAGCGCAGCCUCCUGUCGCGUUACCAGAUCCCCCUGUCAGCUGACCAGCUCUUCACCCAGUCUGUAUUGGAUAAAACUCUCACCAAAGACAACUACCAAGCCCGACUUCAUGACCUGCUCUAUAUAGAGGAGAUUGCACAAUACAAAGAAGUUAGCAAAUUCAACAUUAAAGUCAACCUCCAGCUCGUCACAAGCUUUAUGCUCACAGGCAUUUCAGUUGGAGCAAAGUAUGCCCAAAAUGGACAACUUUUUGCACGUUUCAAACUUACAGAAACAUUGUCUGAGGACACAUUAGCGGGACGGUUAGUAAUGACCAAGGUGAAUUCAGUUCUUGUUUUGCCAUUGGGCCGUGAGGGUGCUAGCUGCCAACCACCGCCUGGGGUCAAGGAGCGUGUCUAUGAGGCUGUGAUUGAGGAGAAGACCAAGGAUUACAUCUUUCUUAGGAUCUGCAAGGACUGCUGUGAAGAGCUAGGGCUGCUACCAGACAGGGAAAUACAGGUGGAGCUUCAGUUCCAGCUAAAUAGACUGCCACUGUGUGAAAUGCACUAUGCUCUGGACCGGAUCAAA